AUGACUUACGGUGAAGACCAUCUUAGGGUGACAGAAACUUACAACCGGUUAGGCCUAGUUUACAGCGAUAUUGGAAAAUACAAAGAGGCCAAAGAUAUGCACGAAAAGGCGCUGCAUGUUCUGGCCAAGAAUUAUGGCGAAGAACAUGUUUGCGUAGCUGAUACGUGUUUCUUGUUAGCAAAUGCAAGCACUAAUAGUGAAGAAUAUGAGACAGUCAAAGAACUACACGCUAGAGUACUGAAGAUUCUGAUGAAGAUAAGGGGCGAAGAACAUCUAAGUGUUGGUUAUAGUUAUUUCUGCCUCGGUGACGUCUUCCACAGCAUUGGCCAAAAGGAGAAGGCCAAAGAACUGUACGAGAAGGGGUUGGGGAUUCAGAAGAAGAUAUUUGGUGAAGAGAACGCCAUGGUAGCAAUAUAUUAUUGCAAACUGGGAAAAAUAUACCAAGGCAUGGGAAAGCUCAGUCAAGCCACACAUUACCACAACAAGACACUUAAAAUUUUUAAGAAUGCCUUUGGUGAGGGGCAUCUCGAUGUGGCAGCAUGCUAUAACCGUUUAGGAUACUGUUUCUUAAGCAUUCAACAAUACAAUGAAGCUAAAGAAAACUAUGAAAAAGCAUUAAUGAUACUGAAAAACCUUUUCGGUGAGGAGUAUCGUGAUGUAGCAAUGGGCUAUUACAACUUAGCAAACAUGUAUGAAGAGAUUGGGGAAUACAAGGAAGCCAUAGAACUAUGGCUUCACUUGCUAUCAGGAGAAAAAUUGACGGUGACAAGCAUUCCGAAGUGGAAAUAA